AUGCUCAGUCACAUCGCCAAUAGCGCGCGUUUUGCCAAAAUGGAUUUGUUGGACCGCGGGUACCUGGAUUCUCCGUACAACUACACCUUUAAUUUCUGGAAUGAUUAUCUCGGUUUGUCGACUCUUGUUGCGCAAAACAAACCAACAAACCCCAACUCUAUCACGGAGUCUUUGAAAGCGACGCUGGGUUUGGAUGACUCGCCUAUGUGCCCGUGCGUAAUUGGACACAUGAGUCGGGACAAUGAGUGCUGCUGUGCGCCUCCGAGCUCCCCUCCACUUUCUAUUUACGAGCUGAAAGAAAGUCUCCUGCGGCCCUUCGAGCACGACUCCCCGCUGUCAGAUCAAGAGUGUCCCGGUUACAGAGGCAGCUUCAGUGGGUUGGAUCUCUUCUCCAGGCGCAAACCGUUCCCAGCCAGGUGCAAGCCAGAGCCAAAAGUCUGCGUGUUUUGUCGAAAUAACGGCGCCCCGGAGGAGGUCUAUGGCACUCACAUCUUGAAGACGGUGGACGGGAGGGUGCUGUGUCCCAUCCUCCGCGCCUACACCUGUCCCCUCUGCAGCGCCAACGGAGACAAUGCGCAUACAAUUAAGUACUGCCCACUGUCCAGAGACCAGCACAACCACCGUGGCGCGCCCAAGGCUGGCAGAGCUAUUGGCAAGAGACUUAAAAUCUUUUAA